GCUUCCAUUUCUAUUCUAGGGUUUCUUUGCUCAGAACUAGCAAGCCAGAAGCAGAGGUCGAGUGAGAAGCAGCCAAAGCAGCCAAGCGCGAAACUCUGCCGCCAUGGGUCGUAUGCACAGCCGAGGUAAGGGUAUUUCCGCAUCUGCUCUGCCCUACAAGAGGACUCCACCUAGUUGGUUGAAGAUCUCUUCUCAAGAUGUUGAGGAGAACAUUUGCAAGUUUGCAAAGAAGGGUUUGACGCCCUCUCAAAUUGGUGUUAUUCUUCGUGAUUCCCAUGGGAUUGCUCAGGUGAAGAGUGUUACAGGCAGCAAGAUUUUGAGGAUACUUAAAGCCCAUGGUCUUGCUCCCGAAAUUCCUGAGGAUCUGUACCACCUGAUUAAGAAAGCCGUUGCCAUCAGAAAGCAUCUUGAAAGGAACCGGAAGGACAAGGAUUCCAAGUUUAGGUUGAUCUUGGUUGAGAGCAGGAUCCACCGACUUGCUCGCUAUUACAAAAAGACAAAGAAGCUGCCACCUGUGUGGAAAUAUGAGUCUACCACCGCCAGCACUCUUGUGGCUUAGAGAAGGCACCUUUUACACCAACUUCCUGUGCCUUGAUUGAAAAUUUUCUUAAUAUGCAGGACUAAACCUUUUUGUAUUACAAUCUAUUAAUGGUUUUAAAGAACUUGUUCACUUAUGGUUUGAAAGUGAGAUACUUAGGAGGCGAAGUCUUUAGUUUAAGUUUGGUUUACGUGUAUCCGAAGAAUUGAUCCUUUUCAUUUAAAAUAUUUUGAUGUUGAAUCGUACUAUUUUAGUGGUUGUUACUUGGAUUUAUUUUCUUUGGUUCUCGUUGGUUUAGAAUUUUUGUCAAAUUGAGCUGACAGAGUUCUCUGCUGAAAGAAAGGCCAAGAAAAGAUUACCUUGUAGAUAAUUCUGCGCACGUUUGGAGAUCACAACUCCAUAUAUAUAUAUAUUGGGUGCAAGGGAUAAGUAU